AUGGAUAAGAAGAAAACGUUUACUUCAACUAAGGCUAGCGAUGUCUCACCAUUAAAUCAGUCUAAAAAAGCGCGAGACGGUUGUUUUGACACGAAAAGUACGUCGCACACGCAGUUUUACGCUAAGCAAGAUCACACCGAGUUAUAUCAAAGAGUAGCUAGAGAUGAAUAUUUGGGCAAAUUUGAAUCUAUAUCUGGGUCUUCGGAUACUUUCCAUUGCGUCCAUGGCACUGAAGGAAAACAGUAUACCAAGGAGGGUCUUUUGAAAAGGAACCUUUUGAAGGAGUUGGAUCCUUUCCCGAAAGAUCCCGCCUGGAACGACAAAUGUCCGCCCGGACUUGGUCGUGAGAUGGUUAAAAUGCUGGAAUUCAUGGUUCUGGAUCCGGUAAUAGAACAGCAGAUGGAAAGAUUCGAAGACCACCUCCGAGAUUUCGCAAGAACUAGCAGUACUGGAUAUUUAAUCGACAGUUUGGGAAGCGUUUGCAUAAUACUCGAAUAUUUGCUGGAGAAUAUACCAAGAAAAAAGCACUUACGUGAAGGUCUAACACUGCUUUUAAGAAAUAUGGAGAAACCCAUUCUAUUGACAGCCGCUUCUGAUGUUGUAACUCAUUUUGAAGCUCUUGAAAAAUAUCUUGGCUACAUGGGUUACCUUUUGACUCAAUUGGAGGAUGACGAGCUGUUUGACAUAGUAUCCAGGGCGUUGAUUUGGCAAUUAUCUGCGCCAGAUACGGCUCGCGGCCGCGGAGCAGCACAUUUACGUCACAAUCUUGCUGCUGCUGUUUACCUCCACCAGACCAUAGUUCGAAUGCUGGCACUGUCAACUUCUCACAGAUAUCCGACAUUUCAGCAAGUGGCGUUACUAUUAGCAUUGUAUUCCUCAGAUAACUGUCUGGAAAUGGUAAAAGAAAAUAUAAUUGAAAACGUAAUGUAUCGUUUUAAUCCUUAUUUCCCGAAUAGAAAACUACCCGAAUACGACAUUAACCCUUCAAACCCACAAGACUAUAAUGUUAAACUUGGCGACAGCAGUAUAAAUCUAUCAACGACUAUGUCUCUGCUUUUAGUCAUUUUGAAGAGUACGUUAGAUAUAUUGGCAACGAGUCCAAAACAGAUACUUCUGAUACCCUGCCCUGAUGAAUAUUCUCAAAGAUGUUUUUUGUGGGCCUUCCGUUAUGAAUGUAGGGCCAGGGAUCACAAACACGAACGGACUACACUAACGUGCAUAGCGAAUGCGUUAUUUAGAGUUUUUGGUGACAGGUUAACUGUGUUUUCCAAUUCUCUCAUGCUUGAUGUACUGUCUUUGUCAGUCCUAUCAGAAGUACCGUCAAGGCAUAAUUGGAUACGCGGUGUUAAUUUCAAUACAGGACAAUUUGAUGCGCAGUUUAAAAAAAAUCUAAUAUACCUCUCCGUGGAUUUUAUUAAGACCUUUUCCUACAGUCGUUUUGCUGUGGAAUCUGAACACUGGCUGCUAGGAGUAAUGUACUUAAUAGACCCAGGACUCAGCAGCCUGAGAACUAAGUGGUCUCCAGCACUUUUCGCAGAACUGCGCAAGGUGGCGCUGCAGGCUCUCGUCUGUACAGUACCUCUAAUGCCGUCAAAAAUUAUAAGGGAAUAUGGCCUUGUAAGAAGACUAAUGUGGUACAUAGAAUGGUACUCUGAAGUACCUUUUGAGCUUCCGGUACUGUAUUGGUGUGUCAGAGUCCUGCAAGUGUCGGUCCAAAGAGAGCCUUCAGCGAGACAAGACUCGAUCCAUGAUUUAUUUGAAACGCACGGUAUCAUUAUAUUGAUGCAUCUAUGCUACACGCUUUUAAGUCAAAAGUUGCCGCCCGUUGAAAAAAGCCAAGCAAUUAUAGCUGUGUGUCUCCAACUGCUUACCAGUGCGGUUCAAGUGAACGCCAGGAUAACGUGCUGUGUAUACCCGGAUAUAAAAUGGCCGGUCUCCACCGGGAGACUUGCGAAAAAAAUGCUAAACGAUCUCUUGUAUGCCAUGGACAAACAUUUAAUUGUCAGUGACAAGUGGAUAAUUUCUUUAGUAAACUUCAUUUGGGAAGCGAUUAUAUGGAAGAAAGAGUAUAGAGAAUAUUUCAUAUUGCAAGACGGGUUAUACAAACUUCUCGAUCUCAUAACGAGUCCAGGGAUCGUCAACCGGGGUUCAACUAUUGCAGCACUUCUGGCUGCGGUCUUCCGAGACGAAUGCCUAGCUACAAAAGUAUCCAUCGACGAAUACGGCGUUUUACAAAAAGAUUUGUCGUUCAAAGUCAAUUUGGCGGACGAGGCAUACAAAUUAUAUAAAAACAUACAAUUAUCGCCCGAAGAUGAGGCCAUUUUAGUUCUAUGCUCGCACUUCAUGACAAUAAAGCUGGGUGAAUGUUGGUAUGAAUCGGAAUGCCAAGCCAGCGGGUUCUUGCCGUACGACGAAGGGAUAUUUCGGGAAUUCCGUCAGAUAAACAAUGGCUGGGCUAAACAAAUUCAAGAAAUGCAAGAAAGAGUUAUAGCGAAGGAUCGGGAAAAGCAAUUAAACCACGAGGAUUCGUUAUACGCUUUCCUUGGGCGGGUCCGUUUGAAUAUCGCGUUGGACGCGUUACGCGAAGUGAAAUGCGUUACGCGUUCAGCCGAUCGUUCUGAAAUGUUGCACGCGAUGUUGCUUGAUGCGGUACAGGCGCACCAUCGCCGGUCGCAAGCCGCUAAAAACCUGGAGACCACCGUCCUGCGAACAUUUGGUCCAGCCCUUGAUGAUCAGAAUAUAACUGGACAAUACGUCAAAGUCUACAGCAUAUACCCAAAGAAUAAACCGAAACCACGAGAAGACUUCUCAUCUGCGUAUAGCAACAAUUAA